AAAGGUGUAUACAGCUCGGCAUGGCUGGCCUACAGAGACUUGUCUAUUCCAAGGUGCCCAAAGCACAAGAAGAGGAGUGCUCCAGUCCCGUUCUUGGUCCACCGCCUACCCCACAAAACGAAGAAAAUCAUACAGUGCUAAAGAGGACGGACCUGGGUUCGAUUCCACGGAAGUCUGUCUCCUUCUCACCGCAAUCUUCACUGGACGAUCUCCCACCCUUGCCAAAACGCGGACCACAAAAUUUGGUGGCGGGUAAACGAGUUCUACAUAACGUGGUUUUUCCGGCGAAUGACACUGAAUCUGACACCGGCAGGCCCCUGCUAACGGAGGGACAACAGGGCAGAACGAUGAGCGACUUAGAAGAAGACGGUGGGGGUGGGGGAGACUUGGGCGAGGGCAAGUUCCAGAAGUUGAAUGGAGAAGAGUAUUCCCCGAGAGAUGGAUCUGUGGAGAUGACCACCUUACGACGAGUGGAGAGCUCAGAAGCUUUAAACCUCACACUUCAUCAGUGUGCCCGGGAUGGAGACGUACGAAACAUGGAGCGGCUGCUGAACCAGAUGACGGGCAACAUUCGCAGGAAGAUCAACAAGGCUGAUGAUGAGUUCCUUAGUCCCUUGCAUUACGCAGCACGCUGUAACCACAUCGAGAUCGUCCGCAUGCUGGUGGAGAAGGGGGCAGAUGUUAACAACAGAGGGGAUGAAGACGCUACUCCAUUGCACUUUGCAGCUAGGUACCGAAGAGAGACAAGGUCAACAAAACACAGAAAUGAGGGAAGUGGAGACGAAGGGGAACAGGAUGAUGGGAGCCUGGGUGGGGACCUGGCAGAUGGAGGGGACCCAGUGGUCAGAUAUCUCAUAUCAGCAGGGGCUGAUAUCAACUCAGAGGAUAAGUAUGGCCUUACUCCCCUGCACUUUGCUGCCAUGAGGGGUAAUGAAGUGGCAACCAAAGAACUGCUCAGAUGCAAAGGAAUUAAUAUAGAGGCCGAGGACAAACAGAGGAUGACGGCUCUCCACCAGGCGGCCAUCCACAACAACCAGGAGGUGGCUCAAAUGCUGAUCCAGGCUGGUGCUAACUUGAGGUGUAAGGACGAGGAUAAUUCGACACCCCUCCACCACGCCUGCUCGGAAGGCAAUGUCCACAUAGUCAACAUGCUGUUCCAAGCCGGGGCCAAGCUUGAUGGCUGGGUCACCAUCUCACAGAUGGUAACCGACACAGAUGUGGAUGCCAGCACCUGUCUUCACUUGUGUGUUGACAGUGGACAUUAUGAGGUCGCCAAAAUUUGCAUAGAGAAGGGCGCUGAUGUGAAUGCUCCACGUGUGCAUUACACAUUUCCGCUUCACCUUGCGGCUGUAGCGGGAGACCUGAACAUUGUCAAACUGCUGCUAGAGAAAGGGGCCCGCAUUGAUGUGCUCAAUGACUCCAUGGAAACUCCACUGCACAAAGCUGCAGCCUAUAAUCACAUCUCUGUGGUCCAGUACCUGGUGGAAAGAGGUGCUCAAGUGAACCGUAAAGACAAAGAUAACUACACCCCCCUCCUGAUUGCAUCUGUCAAGGGUAACGCGGAGACAAUAGACAUCCUGCUCGAGAUGGGGGCAGACAUCACCAUCUGUGACAAGAAUGACAAGACCGCCAUUUAUCUGGCAGCAGAGGAGAAUAAGAUACAAGCCUUGCAGCGUCUCUUGGAGCAUAAAAAUGCACCCGAGUUGAUGAGCAACAGCGAUCGCUAUGGCAAUGAACCUCUACAUGUAGCAGCAAUGAACGGCUUUCUUACAGUUGCAAGGUGUUUAUUGGACAAAGACGCUGAUAUAGACUGUAAAAAUGAAGAGGAGCAGACACCACUACAUCUGGCUGCCAAGAAUGGACGAACAAACAUCGUUCGUGAACUGGUGAAGCGAGACAAGUUGGUGUGCAGUGAUGAGGAUGAGAACUCUAACACAGCUCUACACCUGGCAGCUCUGUUUGGACAGAAGUCUGUGGCCCAGGUGUUGAUAGAAGCUGGGGCUAAUGUGGAGGCAAGGAACUGCUCUUUAUGGACACCGCUGGACUGCGCAGCAGCAAAAGGCUGGAUGAAGACAGCAAAGAUUUUACUGGAAAAUGAUGCACCUGUAGAUCCUGUGGACAAGACGAAGACCACCCCUCUCCACCUGGCCAGUACGUAUGGACAUGUGCCUUGUGUAAAUCUGUUGUUGGAGUGGCAGGCUAACAUCACACAGCGGGACACUGACGGUAACAACUGCCUGGAUCUGGCCAUUGACAACAACAGAGAUGAUGUUGCCAUGGCAAUCGUUAGCAGUAGCAGGUGGGAAGCUGCUCUCCGCAAUGAAACAAUGGACCUGGCAACAGGCAACAGAAAUACACCAAUGAGAAAGCUGAUCAGAAAAAUGCCAGAUGUGGCAGAGAAGGUGUUCCACCAGUGUACCACGUCCAACAACAAAUCUCAGGAACAUCCAUUCUACCAGAUCAAGUUUAACUAUGAGUUCCUGGAUGAUAUGUACUCUAACUGGAGGGAGGGCACAGACACGAUGUCUUCUGCAGGUAGUAUGUAUAAUGAAGAUGACAAGCUUAUUGAUGAUGCUCAGCCUUACUCCAAAGACUCAGGGACACUCAAGAAGAACCAUCCACUCUGGAUUAUGGUGAACACCAAACGAGAGUCACUCCUGGCCCAUCCACUGGUAACCACUCUGCUGAGACACAAGUGGAACAGCUACGGCCGUUACAUCUACUACCUUAAUCUCUUCCUGUACACCAUUUUCCUGACGUUCCUCACGGGUUAUGUCGUCUCCACAAAGGCCCCCUUCACAUUCUAUGAGUUACUAAACUCUACGAGGUGCGAGGAUGUGUUGGCUGCUCCCACAGAACAGGGGACAUUCGCCAGGAUAGGGAAGUAUGUGAUCAUGGGGCUGGCAGGCUGGAACCUGCUAAGAGAGCUGUUCCAAGUAUAUCAAGCCAAGUUGAAUUAUAUCGGAUUCGAGAACCUUAUUGAGUGGAUCACGUAUGUAACAGCUUUCCUCCUUGUACUGGACUUCGAUGAGUGUCAGCGGAUCACUGGAUUCCGUCUGGACUGGCAAUGGAACCUGGGAGCAGUGGCCAUUUUCCUGGCUUGGAUCGACCUUGUGUUGUUUAUACGCAAAUUCCCCCGGUUUGGGAUCUAUGUGGUCAUGUUUACAGACAUUCUCAAGACCUUUGCCCAGUUCUUCAUUGUCUUUCUGCUGUUCAUAAUUGCCUUUGCUCUGGCAUUUAACACACUGUUCAGGAACCAGAUUGAAUUUGAUUCUGCAGCCAAGUCGUUGGUGAAGACAACUGUAAUGAUGAUAGGAGAGUUUGAGUAUUCUGGAAUCUUCAACUCGCCUAAUGAUCCCGACACCGUAGUCCACUAUCCCGAGACAUCAUACAUCAUAUUCUGUAUAUUCAUGGUGCUCAUGUCAAUUAUCAUCAUGAACUUACUGGUUGGUUUGGCUGUAGAUGAUAUCAAAGCAGUACAAGAGCAGGCUAUACUGAAGAGAUUGGCCAUGCAGGUUAAGCUGGCUUUAGAUGUGGAGGCAAUCAUGCCCCAGUUCUUAAGGCGGAAAUUUGUGGUUCGUGUUGAAAAGGUGUUACCAAACCAGGAGAACCCGAAUAUCUUCAAGCGGAUAUUUGGCACAGCCACAAGUUCUUUGUCCACUGCAUCAAUUUCUGCCGCUCUCGACCCUGAACUGGAUGACAUGGAAAUUAUUCAAGAAAGGCAGGAGAAAAUGCAGAAUGAUAUCAAGGCCUUGUCCAAACGAAUGGCCACACUGUAUGCUCAGAAUACUCGAGUAGAGAGCAUGUUGUCAUCUCUGCUGCAGAGCCAAGGCAUUGAGUGGCAGGAAGAGGAUGUAGAUGACUCACUCCUAGAUUAGACCAUAACCAAUCAGGAGCCAUGAGGGUUUUGACCACUGACAAGACAGUUUACACUGAGCAUGUCACAACCAAUCAGGAGCCAUAGAAGUAUUGACUAGUGAAAUCAUGGCUCACAUUUUUACAGACAUGAGAACUCUUUUGUUUUGAUAUAUUGAUAUACAUUGUACAUUUUUUUUAACAUAAUAAGCAUUUAGCUGAAACAUACAUUUUAAUAAGUGCUGGCAGUUAAAGAAGUCAUCAAUUGUUGAACUAUUUUUUAAGCUGUCAAAGCCUUAUUCACAUAUUUGUGAAGAAAAGGAAAAAUACAUGUAUAACCGGUUGCUUUACAUAUGGACUUGUCUCAGAAUUAAUGUGUUUUAAAUGGCAACAUUCAGAAGCACAUGAAGAGGUUUCUUGGAGCGGAAAACAAAUGAUUGCCUGUCCUAAUGUUGACGUUGAUGACUGUCCUAAUGUGGACAUUUUUGACUGUCCCAAUUUUUGACAUUUUGACUGUCCUAAUGUUGACAUUGUUGACUGUCCUAAUGUGGACAUUUUUGACUGUCCCAAUUUUGACAUUUUUGACUGUCCUAAUGUUGACAUAUUUGACUGUCCUAAUACCGUUUGUAUAUUCCAAAGAUGGUAGUGUUACUGUUUAGAAUCUCACAAGUCAUUAAUUGGAUUGAUUUUGUGGGUAAAAAUAGUCCAUAUAUCAGUGUUGUAAUUUAUAUGGGACUGUUCACAUGGAUUGCUGCUUUUCUGGCAUAUGUCAACAUGUAUUGUAUACAUGUAUACAUACCUUUAAAUCUUGGUCUGAACUGAUUUUUAAUCCAGUUUUUGCUCAGAGAUUUACUGGAAAAGUUUUGAAGACAAUUAUUUUUUUUAUAAUCCACUGGAAUUUUUAAUGUUUUAUCUAGUAUACUUAGAUGUAAUUUCACAACUGAAUACAUAACGCGAGAAUCAGAAAACCUUUGCGUACAAACCCAUCAUUGUUAUGAUUUUAACUUCUACAUUAUGAGGCUCAUACUUAGGGUACAAAUUUUCAGCCAUUAAUUCGUUUGAAGUUUGCUUAAUAAUACUUUUAAUAAACAAAUGUAAACAUCCUCAUAUUCAUAAUAAUACAUCUAUUAUACCAAACCCAGAUCAAAAUAUUAUUAUAUAUUAUAGUUUAUAAUUAUAAUUUUUUGGAAUAGGCUGCUAAAUCCUUAUUUCACCAAGAACUUUUUUGAAACUCUUUACAUAUAUAAUGUUUCCCUAUACUUUUAUGAAUUUUAUGUCCGACUGAAUAGUAUUAAUAUGAUGACCAAUUUUAUUUGUUAUUUUUAAAGUUUUCCUGUUUUAUUUCCAUUUUUAGAAUGGAGGAUUGGUAUGUAGCAAUGGUUUUAUCUUUGUGUCCAUGGGUCAUGUUUUCUAUAAUUUACUCAUAUUUUAAAAACUAAUGAGAGGAGAGUCAUGAAAUGUACAAAAUACAUAGUGUGCGAAACACCUGUGGUUGGUGCGUAAUUUAGGAUUAUCAAAGUCAUGUAUGUCCAUCUGUGUGUUCGUUUUGUCUGAUAUUAUAUGCCAUUCUGAAAUUGGCUUGUAUUCGUAACUUGCUAAGGAAUAGCAUCAUAAAACCCACAGGUCACAGUGACUAUGCUAAUCUCUUCUGAAUUCUACAUGUUUCAGUACUGGGAAUGUUGGUCAUCCAUUUAGAGGGUAUUGAGUUGUAACUGGCUAUAUUAUUCCUAAUUUGCUCAUAAUUUCAAAACUAAAGAGGAGGAUCAUAGAUGACUUACAAAAUGUAUGCUCAUUCUGUAUAAUCCAUUUGUUACACCACUAAUUAAACAGGCUGAUGUUUCUUAUAAACAGCAGUACACAGCUAUAGGUAUCUAACCCAUUCCUCAAGCUGAAAUCCAACAGCCAUUGAACAUUUUGCCAAAUUUGGAGUAAAUAAGAAACUUAUUUCUUCAUAGGUGCAUGUCGUGGGAGUUAUGAUUCUAGCAUACAUACGUGUAGAAGGGCAAUCCAAUGAGAGAGUAUGUGCAUAUACAGGGUUCGUGGGUGUAGGGCAGAUAGUUGCUGCGUAACAUGACUUUCUUAGCAGCGUAUAUAAGUGCAGUAUAGUUUACAGAAGAAAUGUCUACUUCAAUUUAUAUAAAUAUGGAAGAAAUUUGAUGUUCAGCAACCAUUUUAAUAUUUUCCUUGGGUGGUAUUUUUCAGAUUUAUUAAAUAUGUUAUUUAAUUGUUCA